AUGAGUGGAUUGGCCUCUAAGUGGGCUACAGAAGAAGAAUUAUUCAAUAAGGCAAAAGUCCAAGAUAGUGAAUCACGUAAACAUGGAACACCUAGUAAGAAGACGAUAAUUCCUAACAAAAGCGAUACGUCAAAGCCAUUAGAAAGUAAAUGGGCAAAUAUUCCAAAUGAGCCCUCUAAAGUUUCAGCUUAUAAAGAUAAUCAUAAUAAAUUCGAUGAUUCUUUCAAAUAUAACAAAUCUGGAAGAGGAAAUAAAGGAAGAAAUGAUAGGAGAUACGGGAACGAUGCCUACGGUUCGUUACCAUCACCUCCUUCUACAGCAGAAAAUGAUGCAUCCCCAAAUAAUUCAAAUAAUUCACAUGUGUCCCGAGGUGGUUCUGGUAACCCACCAAGAGGUCCUCGUGGUUAUAUGACAGCUGUAAACAAUAACCAAAGAAAACAUCCUACAGCUAAGAAAGUCGAAGAUGCCGAAGAAUCAGAAGAAGAACGAACUGUCCCGAUGUCCAAAGCUGGUGCUUCCUUUGCUGCAAGAUUGGGUGCUCCUUCGAAAACUUCAACAAAUGGUACGAUCAAUAAUAACGACAAUGACUUUGAAAGUACUGACGAAGAGGUGACUGAUGACGAUGAUGAUGAAUUUGAGGAUAUAGUAGAAAGUGAGGAUGAUGGGGAAGAAGAAGAAGAAUUACCACCUAUGACAAGUGCUGGACAGUCGCUUGCGUCUAGAUUAGGUAUGGUAUCAAUCUCCAAUACUAAGCCUGAACCACCAAAGGCUAAACAGAACUUCAAACAAACACAACUGCAUCCUAAGAAAUCAAAUAAUACUCCGAGACAACCAAAGUCUCCAAAGGGUGCUUACCAAACUCCUAAACAGAAACGAGAAGAACAAGCCAGAAGGGAACAGGAAGAAAAGGAAAGAUUGCAAAAGCAGAAAGAUGCGAAGUUGAAAGAGGAAGUUAGAGACAUGUUUAGCAAACUUACUAGUUCUUCAGCAAAUUGGGCAGAUUUAGAAGAUGAAGAUUAA